CCCCCGGCGGUCCCGCCACUCCACGGCCAUAGGCCGCUGUGCACGGUCUCCCCCCCGCCCUCUUCUUCCGACACCCGCCAACCGCUCGGGUUGCCACUUCCGCCGUGGAGCACCGAGUGGGGGCGGAGGCGGCUGGCUUGGCCUGUCGGUUACCGGCGGCGCAGCUGGGGGUCGGCACCUGAGGGAAGGUCCCCAGCACCACCGGCCCCUGCAGGGACGAGCGGGGGUCGUGCCCUGGCCGCCCGGAUCGGGUCCCUGGAGGCGGACGGGCGGUCUCCCUCCUCCGCCCUGUUAACUUCAUUCUUCACAACAAUGCUGUGAGCUUUAGACUCAAGCCUGUCUGUUGUCAUCUCCUUCGACUCUCCCACUCGACAGAUAAGGAAGCUGAGAUUUACCAACAGCAUGAAUCAAGAAAAGUUAGCCAAACUUCAGGCUCAGGUCCGGAUAGGGGGCAAGGGUACAGCUCGCAGAAAGAAGAAGGUGGUACAUAGGACAGCUACAGCUGAUGACAAAAAACUUCAGAGUUCUCUAAAAAAACUGGCUGUGAAUAAUAUAGCUGGUAUUGAAGAGGUGAACAUGAUUAAAGAUGAUGGGACAGUUAUUCAUUUCAACAAUCCCAAAGUCCAAGCUUCCCUUUCUGCUAAUACCUUCGCAAUAACUGGUCAUGCAGAAGCCAAACCAAUCACAGAAAUGCUUCCUGGAAUAUUAAGUCAGCUUGGUGCUGACAGUUUAACAAGCCUUAGGAAGUUAGCCGAACAGUUCCCUAGGCAAGUGUUGGAUAGCAAAGCACCAAAACCAGAAGACAUUGAUGAGGAGGAUGAUGAUGUUCCAGAUCUUGUAGAAAAUUUUGACGAGGCAUCAAAGAAUGAAGCCAACUAAAAUAUUUCCUGGCUUUUGGAAGCUGUCAUGGACUAGAUUUAGCAAAUCAACUAUGUGGUUCCAAAGUUUUACAGACACGGAGAACAUCAACUGUUACUAGUUCAAUAAUAUAAAUAUUUUGUAUAUUAAUAAUGCUGUUUGUUCAGCAUUUUCAGUCAUUUGAUUUUGCAUUUUGCACUUCUUCCCAGGAUCUAUUAUUUUGGUCAAAUUACAAAGUAUUGGUGUAGUUUGAGGGUGGUGUGUGUGUGUGUGUGUGUGUGUGUGUGUGUGUGUGUGUGUGUGUGUUUUCUUGUUUAUUUUUGUUUUGUUCCUUUUUGUUGGGGUAUUUUUGGUGUUUGUAUGUAUAUGUAUGCGUGUGGGUAUGUUUGUAUACAAUGGAGAGCAAAUUGGAAAACAGUUCUAUUUAUCCUCUUCCCUCCCCACGUAGAAAUAAAGCAAAUCUUUACAUUUGUUACCUUUAAUUUUUUUUUCUAAUGCACAGAAUUAAUGUUAAGUGUAUCAUAGAUUCCUGGAGAGAUUUUACUCUUGGAUAUUUUGUUUUACUUUCCCUGUUUUAACAUAUUUUUCAUAUAUUUCUCUGGGUUUAAAAUGUUUUGAUAUAAUUGCUUCCAGCUUCAUGCGGACAUAAUGGUUAGCAUUGUCUUUGGUGUGGUUGCCUUAGAUUCACUUUCCUACCUAGUCAGACCCAGAAGGAUAUCUUCUACUAGCUUUCUUCCUAAAUAUGUUUUUCCUCCUUUUGUUCUCCGGCUUGGUCAGCCUGUAGUAAUAAUCUUCCCCAUCAUCCAACUAACCAGAGUGGGAUGUUCUCCAUAUAGAGUUUAGUGAGCACCGAAUCCCUCAUUUUUCAAGACUUUGUUCCUUCACUUUGAGGAACAGUAGAUGCAUCUUCAAGUUUUUAUUUCCUCUUUUAUUUCACAAUUUGGCAGAUUUCAAACUGGCAUUAGUAGCAUGUGCUUGUUAAAUAUUUUUAUACCAGCCUUAUUCUGUAUCCUAGCUUUUCUUAAUAGCAGGUACAAAAAUGCCUUUUUUUUUCAGCAAGCUUGGAAUUGGGUAUGCCUUUUUUGAAAUAGGAAUAUAUAUAUAUAUAUGUGUAUAUAUACAUAUAUAUAUAUAUAUAUAUAUAUAUAUAUAUAUAUAUAUUAGAUUCUUCUCCCAAUACAAAUAGGUAUUCUAUGAAAUGUACUGGCCCCAAGAGGACUUCUUCAACUACUAUUCUACUUGUGGCCUUGAACCUACCUCUGGGUUAAAUUUCACAGCAUCCUCCUGCAUGCUUAGAGUAAUACUUUGGGAGGGGAACACUGAUAAAAGACAGUAUUUUGUUAACCUCCUUUCAGAGGGCUUGGAGGUAAGUUAAAUUCAUUCAUUGAAGUUUCCCUUUUGCUAUCUGAUGAUAAAAGCUUGCAUUUUUCUAUCUUAACAUUUGUUAUAGUCAUUAUUUAAGGAUAAGGUUUUCAAAAAUCCAUCAUUUCAAAGCUUAUCUAACUAUGGCUUAGCUUUACUGCAUAUCAACUUUCUUCAAACUAGAUAUCUUUAUCUGGUAUCUAAAUGUAAGACCAACAAUAUAUCAAGACUCUAGACACAGAGGCAAAGCUCUUUUGUGUUUUUUUUUCCAUCAAACACCUCAAUUUAUUUCAUGAAUUUGUUCAUUUUUCCUGUUAUGUUUUAUAUGGACCUAACUAAAAUAAAUUAACAAAAGAGGAUAUAUCCUCUUGUGCUUCUCUUA